AUGGGCUCUUCCCAGAGUCUGGAAGUACCUGGUGGAGGUUCAGAAGGAUAUCAUGUUUUACGCGUUCAAGAAGAUUCACCCGGACAAAAAGCGAAGCUUGAGCCGUUCUUUGAUUUUAUCGUCUCGAUAGAAAAUACUAGAUUGGAUCAGGAUAAUGAUACUUUGAAGGAAUUGUUAAAAAAUAAUGUUGACAAAGCAAUAAAGAUGCUUGUGUACAGUAGUAAAACUCAAUCCGUUAGAGAGAUAACGAUUACACCCUCUGCCAACUGGGGUGGUGAAGGUCUACUUGGUGUCAGUAUAAGAUUCUGUUCAUUUGAAGGAGCAACAGAAAACGUCUGGCAUAUAUUGGAGGUGCACCCAUCAUCACCAGCUGAGCUUGCAGGUCUUCGGCCAUUUUCCGAUUAUAUCAUUGGAGCUGAUUCAAUUAUGCAUGAAAGUGAAGAUUUGUUUACACUUAUUGAAGCACACGAAGGAAGACCACUUAAAUUGUAUGUUUAUAAUGUGUCAGACGACCUAUGCCGUGAAGUAGUUAUUACUCCAAACCACAAUUGGGGAGGUGAAGGAAGCCUAGGUUGUGGUAUUGGGUAUGGUUAUCUUCACAGAAUUCCAAUACAAUAUGAAAGUAAACAGGCAUCCCAAUUCGCAAAACCUACUGCUGAGGUACCACAAAACAUGCCUGCAAGUGGAGUACAUCCUCCUCAAAAUCUAGAGCAAGCACAAAAUAUUCAAAUGCCACCACCACCUUUUCUAUCAGGUGUACCUAUGGUCAGUCCGGGACAUAAUUCCUUUGACCAAAUGACAAAUGCACAGAAUGCUGACCUACAACCACUGUUACAACCGAAUAUGUCACAACCUACAUCCAUAGUUUCCAAUAUGGCUACUUAUUCUACUAGCGUUGCUGAUACAACAUUGAUGAACUUAGGCAGCACUCCAUCUAUGACAAAUAUACAACCACCAGCACCAUUGCCCAGUCUGCCAGGCAUCCCUAUGAGCCAGCCGCAACCAUAUAUUCCAAUAAUGCAAAGUUAUACCCAAAGCCAAGUUCCAGCACCCAAUCAAAAUCCAUCAAACUUGGUCCCGACAUUUGAUAUGGCGAAUUUCAAUUCUGCACCUUUGCAGCCCCCUGCGAUAUCAGGCUGCUUGCCUGUCGUAACCCCUGUUUCUCUACCUGGUAUGCCUUCAAUUAGUGUGAGUGCUACCUUGCCUGUUUCAACCAUGCAAGAAAUUCACCAACAACAAACUUUACAACAACAAGACUUAUUAUCAUAA